UCUAUAAAUCAACCAACUUUAGAGCAACUAAUAGAGGUCAAUUUGGCCAUUCACAGUUGCACACCUUUCUCCUUCAACACAUUAAACCGGUUCCUUCAUCUUCAGCUUCAUCCUCGUCAAUGGCAUCUGACGAUAACGACACUUCCGGAUCCAGAUCCGGAUCCAUCAAUAAUGACGGCGCCAACCCUCAACGCAAAAUUGCAUUGAUCACCGGUAUAACCGGCCAAGACGGUUCUUAUCUAACCGAAUUCCUCCUUAACAAGGGCUACGAAGUCCACGGCUUGAUCCGUCGUUCCUCCAACUUCAAUACGCAGCGUAUCAACCACAUCUACAUAGACCCUCACAACGCCCACAAGGCCAGGAUGAAGCUCCACUACGCCGAUCUCACCGAUGCCUCCUCUCUUCGGCGUUGGCUAGACACCAUUCUCCCUGACGAAGUUUAUAACUUGGCCGCUCAGUCACACGUGGCAGUCUCCUUCGAGAUCCCUGAUUACACCGCUGAUGUCGUGGCAACGGGUGCCCUCCGUCUCCUUGAAGCCGUUAGAUCUCACAUUGCAGCCACUGGGAGGUCCCAUAUCCGGUAUUACCAAGCUGGAUCAUCCGAAAUGUUCGGAUCCACUCCACCUCCACAAUCCGAAACCACUCCUUUCCAUCCAAGAUCUCCUUACGCUGCUUCCAAAUGCGCUGCGCAUUGGUACACUGUUAAUUACCGCGAAGCUUAUGGGCUUUUUGCAUGUAACGGAAUUUUGUUUAACCACGAAUCACCCAGAAGAGGUGAAAAUUUCGUAACCAGAAAGAUAACUCGUGCCGUGGGGAGGAUCAAGAUUGGUUUGCAGAGUAAAUUGUUUUUGGGGAAUUUACAGGCAUCGAGAGAUUGGGGAUUUGCGGGUGAUUAUGUGGAGGCAAUGUGGAUGAUGUUACAGCAGGAAAAACCUGAUGAUUAUGUUGUAGCAACGGAGGAGUCACAUACGGUGGAGGAGUUUCUCGACGUCGCAUUUGGGUAUGUGGGUUUGAAUUGGAAGGAUCAUGUGAUGAUUGAUAAGAGGUAUUUUAGGCCAGCUGAGGUGGAUAAUCUGAAAGGGGAUUCAAGCAAGGCUAGGAAUGUGCUUGGGUGGAAGCCUAAAGUGGGUUUUGAGAAGUUAGUGAAGAUGAUGGUUGAUGAAGAUAUUGAAUUGGCUAAAAGAGAGAAGGUUCUUGUUGAUGCUGGAUACAUGGAUGCCCAGCAACAGCCUUGAUUUCUUAAAAUCAUUUUGCUCAAGCGUGUUUUCUACGGUUCAAUAUAGUUUGAUUUUGGAGGAGAAUAUUUAUUUUAUUUGGUUCAAAGCCUUCUAAUGUUGUUCAAGUCAAGUCUGAGUCUCUAGAACGUCAUUCAUUCAACUUCAGGAACCCCAAUAAUUUACGAAUGAAUAUGUAUUUUGUCAAAUGUUACUAUCAUUUUAUUUUCGUUAAAUGAUUUUUUUAAUGGUGAGA